UCCACCGAGAGCUCUUUUCUUUUUCAAGCAGUUGUCAUUGUUCUUGUCUUAGGUUUUAUAAUCAAACUUGAAAAGAAAAAAUUAUGGCACACUUUCAGAAUCAAUAUUCUGCUCCCGAAGUUACGCAAACUGACGCAUAUGGCAACCCAACUCGCCGGACAGACGAGUACGGCAACCCAAUCCCGACUCAGGAGACUGGCCGUGGAAUUCUAGGGAUCGGUGGACAUCAUCACGGAGGCCAUCAUGGACUCCAUCGUACUGGAAGUUCCUCUAGCUCGAGCUCAUCUUCGGAAGACGAAGGAACGGGGAAGAAGAAGAAGGGACUGAAACAGAGGCUAAAGGAGAAGAUACCAGGUAACAAAGAGCAUCAAUCUCAGGCCACCUCAACUACAACCCCAGGGCAGGGGCCUACGUAUCACCAGCAGCACCACGAGAAGAAAGGAGUGAUGGACAAGAUCAAGGAGAAGCUCCCUGGUCACCACAACCCUUGAUUAGCUGCCUUUGGUCGGCUAUUUCCUACUAGUUAUAUAAGCGUUAAUUAAAUAACUUGCAGCAAUGAAGACUCUUGUAUCUCUUAAGACUAUACUUAAAAGGAGAUGUUUGACUUCCAUCGUA